AUUUGAAACCUCCAGCCCUGUUCCAGAAAUCGCUGAUGAAAAACUGUUGCUAAUGUGGCCAGCAGUUCAGAGUGUCAAGUUAGGCAGCGACAAGCCGUUUGUCCUCAGCAAUGUUCUGCCUGUCUUUUUAACACCAGCACAUCAUGGAGCCUCAGCUUCAGAAGUUGCCUUCUUGUGGAAUUUGAGAAGACAGGCAUUUGAAGACCUGGAUCUGGAGUUGUCACUGUACUUGCUCAGCCCCCUGUCUUUGUUUGAAUCCCCUCACAUUAUUUGCCUUGUCAACAAACAUCUGGUGACACAUCAGGGAUCCUACAAGAUUACUGUCACCUCAGAGCAGGUGAAGAUCAUAUGUGGCGACAAUGAAAGUUUGAACAAUGCUAUAUCAACUGUCUUACAGUUGUUAUCGCUUUACAGAACUGAGGAUACCAUCUCCAUUCCUUCAUUACUGAUUGAAGAUUGGCCAGAUUUGCCACACAGAGGAGUCUUAAUGGAUGUAUCUCAAGGCCGAAUUCCAGUAAUAUCUUGUCUAGAGGAGUAUCUUGACACAUUAUCACUUCUGAAAGUGAACCGGGUGUAUCUGUACACUCGCUUUCAUUCCAACCUUCCACCACAGUGGCAGUGUCCUUACUCUCGAAGCGAGGUUCUGCACUUGUCUGAGUUCUGCCACAAGCGUCACAUACAGCUGCUUCCAGUGGUUGAGGUGGGGCCCAAGGUACAGUUUGAGGACCUGCCGAAGUUGUAUUCAGUGUUUCAGGAUUUCUUGGCUUGUUUUGGUACAGCGGAGUUUGUCAGUGCUGGUCCCAGAUUAAGCAGCUUUAUUUUGGACCAAACAGAAGAUAAUUUGGGAGUUGGAGAUGUCAUGCGAUACUUGCCGAUUGCCUCUCACCAGAUGCUGCAACUGUGUGGGUACCCAUUGCAUGACCUCAACACCAGCCUGCUCCAACAGCUGCCUCCAGGGAUUAUCUUUAAGGAGUAUGCAGUUAAAGCAGAUCAUGACUACAAGAAGUUCUGCACAACCUUAGUUGAUCUAGGAAUCAAUUACUUUGUGUGUCCUGGUACCGCAGCAUGGAACAGUCUUGCUGGAUGUCCAGAGGCAGCAGUGAGUAACAUAGUGUCUGCUGCUACUAAUGCGGAGGGAGCCCUAGGAAUGGUGAUCUGUGACUGGACCGGCAAAGGUCACCUCAACCAUCAAGUGUUCUCUUGGCCAGGAAUCCUGGCAGCAGCAGGGCUUGCAUGGAAUAAAAACACUCCCAAGGAUAUUCUAGAAAGCUCUCUACCAGCGUUGUUGGACCAGCAUGUGUACAGAGACAGAGGAGGAGCGUUGGGGAGCAUCAUCAUUCAGUUGGGUCAAGCAGAAACUUAUGCCAUCCGUAGAGCGAGGAAUCAAGGAAAUGAAGAUUUAAGUGAUUUGCCAGAAGAGCAGGGGUCGAUUCUCUACAGAUUUCUCAUCCAUCCUGAUGGUGUUCCACUAGAGUACCUUUCUACUGAUGCUCUACAACAUGUCACCAAACUUUUAAGGAAAUGCCAGGCAGCUCUUUCUGAUGUGAACUCUCAGUGUGUGUAUGGGGAUGCAAUGAAGACAGAAGUCCAGCUGACUAUUGAGCUUAUGGUUUUGGCUUGCAAGAUUGGUAAAGCUCUAGUGUUGUCAGGUCGCAAACCUGAUAGACAAACUGGCAUUGGCUUUGUUAACUUUGGAAUCAGCAAUCUCACAGUCACGACACGGACUGACCUGGCUAACAAGUUGCUAGAAAUUGUCAAACAGUUUAAAGAUGUGUGGGCCCUUCGGUCAAACCCCACAGUUGGACUCAGUGACUCUCUGCAGAGACUUCGAAGCUUGUUCAAGGUUCUUCUGCCAGAAUCGUCUCAUUCAGAACUUGUUAACAUUGAACUGGACCAUUGA